AUGCCUGGGCUGGUGUCGUACGAGACAGAAGUUAAGGCGAGAGCAGCCAAAGUAUGGGAGCUGUAUGGCCCUACCAAGAGGGCCCUGCUGGCCAAGGAGGCCCUCCCCGACACCAUCAUCAAACUCGACAUCCUGGAAGGCCAGGGCGCCGUUGGCACCAUCAUCAAGAUCACUUUGGCCGGAGAGAAAUUCACCAAGGUGGACCACAAAAACCAUGUGAAAGAAACUGAGGCGAUCAAAGGCGGGUUCCUAGAUAUGGGACUCUCCCUGUAUCAAUUGCGAUUAGAAGUGAUAGGUAAGGAUGAGGAGGAGUCGUGCGUGAUCAAGUCCACCAUUAAGUAUGAAAUCGUCGACGGGGCUUCCUUUGAUGUCUCCCUCAUCUCAGUGAAGCUGUUUGCGGAUAUCGCUAAAGUUAUUAAGAAGCAACUCAUCACCUCAGCCGGCACCAACUAA